AUGACUCACUACAAGCAACCACGUCCCCUGGGGGAGAAGAAAAGGAAUUCUAAGGAUAUCACUACCCCGGUAUCCAAAUGGUACCUCCUGGGCCAUAAAGUGGUACAGCCAAAACAGGCCGCCGAACCUGCGAGAUCCCCCACAUAUCCAACCAAACAGCUCAACAAACAAGUCCUCCAACGGCUUCAUCUCGAUCGCUUCCAAUGUAUAAUCUUUCCUACAGCUGCCAGCGCCAGUCGCUGUCUCAAAUCCCUGGGCAAGUCGUCGCAGUUCCCCCCCGAGAUUGUCCGCUUCAACCUCCCAGUCCUCAGCUGCUUCCAUGAAGCCGAUGAAUGGGCGACCUUCUUCGCCGUUAUCUGCGAGUCGCACUCCUUAAUUGACGUAAUGUCGUACUGUCGCGACACCGGCGAUGCCAUAUCAACCCGCCAGGCGGAAUACUGUCUCUCGUGCUUGGACUUCUUGGAGUCCCGGUCCGCCACCGCGGAGUACUGUACGCGACCAAGGAAGAUGCCGGCGCUGGACGUCGCAAGCGUUGAUUGGGUUCCUACGGUGCUAUCCGGGGAGGCAGAGAAACAGUCUAUCAAGGAGAUGAUAGCCCAACCAGCGCCUGUGAGUGCCACAGAGGUGUUUCUGUUUCCGAACAAACGGAAUGCCCUCUACACGGUCUCGAGAGCGCUGGCGUCGCUAUCCGGCACACGAGAGGUUGUCAGCUUUGGUGCACGCCGACGCUCCCUCCAACGCAGUUCCUGGUCCAAGGUUUCGUUCUGUCCGGGGACUGCCGACGGACUAGACGGAUUGAAAAUAUCCCUGGCAUCUGGACGACGCAUUCGAGCGUUGUUCUGUGAAUGUCCAGGGGAGACGUCGCUCGCAGCCCUUCGUCGCAUCCGCUCCCUGGCGUCUGCGUACAGCUUUGUUGUCGUGUGCGAUGCCGCCUCGAAUUGUGAUCCCGAUGUGUUUCCACUGGUGGAUGUGUUGGUGACCAGCUUCACCAGCUCCAAUACUUCUCCUAGCAGCCCUAGUGUCGUGGUGAAUCCUCGGUCCCAGCACUCUCGCGCCAUCAUGAGCCAGCUAGGGCUAAUCCACGAAGAUGCGCUAUUCCCCCUCGACGCCAUCGCACUGCAUACCUCAUUGAAUACAAGUACAUCGGUUCAGCAGACGAGCGAUACUGGCCUGGUCGUUGCUGAUAUUACUCCCUGGUUUUCGGUUGUCCAAGAGCGCGAUUUUCUUUUGUCGACGUUGGUUGGCUCGGAGGUAUCUCUCAGUUCGUGCGUGUCUACUGAGGCCGCAUAG